CCAUCGAGGUUCCAACGACACAUCUCCAUCCCCGGCCUGCUGCCUCGAAUAAAAGUCCCCCCCCUGUCAGACACCCGCGCAUCCACACUCUCCGCAACCAAAGCACACAGCAAAAAUGAAGGUCUUUGCGAUUUCAAUCCUGCUCCGCAGCAGCCAGGGCACCGCCAAGGUCCUCGCCGUCGAGACGGACCUGUCGACCUUUUCGUUCUUCCAGAGGGGCAGUGUCCAAGAGUUUAUGGGCUUUUUCUCGGUUACUGCUGCCGAACGCACCCAGCCUGGAGUGCGUCAGAAGAUCGAGUCGGAUAACUACGUUGGCAACGUCUACACCCGGGUUGACGGCCUCAGCGCCGUGAUGAUCACGGACGGCGAAUAUCCGACCCGAGUGGCGUUCUCUGCGCUGAACCGACUGCUCGAGGAGUUUGCAGGCCGAUUCCCUCAGUCGCAGUGGGCCAGCUUGACGCCCGCGCAGACCCAACCGGCCUACCCGGAGCUGAAAACGCACCUGCAGACCUUCCAGAACCCCGAGGGAGCGGACCCAUUCCUGCGAGUGCAGCGCGAACUUGACGAUACCAAGAUUGUCCUGCACAAGACCAUGCAGACGCUGCUGGAGCGCGGCGAGAAGCUCGACGACCUGGUGGCCAAGUCGGACCAGCUCUCGACCCAGUCCAAGGUGUUCUUCAAGGCAGCCAAGGAUAAUAACAAGUGCUGUUCCUACCUCUGAAGCCUUGUGAGCCAGCAUGACAAGAUCCCGGAUGGGCCAUGCGAUGUGCCGUUACGCACCAAAGCAGCCGGACGGGAGCAGGAUGUAUUGUGCGGUGCAUGCUCUGUGGACGGGGUCGAGUUGUAGAAUACAGCAAAGGGUGCACAGA